AAAGGACCUAAAAACUCUCAUAAUGUGCUGCAACUAUGGCGUUUCACUACCCAGAAGCGAUCGGCCCCGCCUCACCUUCCUACCAUCAACCCGACCCGACCCACUUCCCAAAACAAUCUCUUUUCCUACCUCCAAAUCCUUCCGGGUGGGACACGGUCGAGCCAUUAAACUAGUUAAAUCCACACUUAACGAUACCCAUUCACUCUCCUCGGAGCAGGCCUCCAGCUUCUACGACUUAUUGGGCAUACCCGAGACGGGCACUUUGAUCGAGAUCAAACAAGCAUACAAGCAGAUGGCCCGGAAGUACCACCCGGAUGUAUCCCCGCCGGGUCGGACGGAAGAGUAUACUCAGCGAUUCAUUCGGGUACAGGAAGCCUACGAAACGCUGUCGGAUCCUGGAAGGAGAGCGUUGUACGAUUUAGACAUGGCUAAGGGACUUCAUCUUGCAUUCUCUACCAGGAGCCAUUCCAAAUUCGACGAGGUGGAAAAAUACAAAGAAAGCGCGCUUACUAAUACAGAAGAAUUCUAGAUGUACAGCGUGUGAAAUUUCGCAUUUGAAGUUCCGACAGAAUUCCCUUCUUUUGGGUCGGUGGAAAGGAGAAUUACUUUUUCGCCUGUGGAAAUUUGGUAGUUGUAAGAGUUGGACUAAAAUUGAGUUGUCGAGAAAGUGCGAACACAAUGUUAUUUAGUCUCAUUUUACGUGGCGCUAAUGUCUUAUUUCAUUUAACACAUCAUUUAAUUUUACAUUAACGUCACAUAAAUUGAAAUUAUAACCCUAAUAGGGAUAAAUAGCAUUAUUCUAGUAGAAAAUACGAUGUUAAAAUAUAGUAAGAUAUACACAUGCUGAUAUAUGACGUUCAUCAUUGCUUGGUUUAGAGUCGUACUCUCUCAUAGACUUGAAUUCACGGUCGACGAAAAGUAUAGUAUCUUGAGAGAGUAUUGAUGUUUUCAAUUCGUUCCACUUUUAAUAAAAAAUACGAGUGUUUUGUUUUUACGAAUUACAUUUGAUUUUAGUUAAGUGGUGU